AACACAAUAUCCAUUACAAAUAAUUCGUUGUAAUUCAGUUGAAUGUCGUGGACCAUGGCGUUCAAAUUAUGUUGAAGUAUUUCCUCAUCGAUUUUUACCAUCACCUGUACCAUUUGAACGUACACCAUAUGGUAUUAGAGUGGCAGAAAGAGAUUAUCAAAAAGGACAAUUUUAUGGUUCAUUAUUUCAACGAAUUCAAUUCCAUGGUGUUGUUAUUCAACAUACACAGGUUAGAAAAAAAAACACAAUAUUGAACUCGUAA